UGAGCCCGUGUCUCCGGCCAGGCUGAGCUGCGUUGGCAUGGGGGGGAUGCUGGCGCUGCCCCCGGGGCAGGGACCCCACCAGGUGGGCUGCACGGAUGUCAUGGUGGGCUCCACGCUGCAGGGGCUCUUCCUUCGCCUCUUCUACCCGUGCCUGCCUCGGCCAGGGGCCACCGAGCCGCUCUGGAUCCCUCGCCCCGAGUACUGCAGGGGUCUGGCUGAUGCCAUCCUCGGCCACCGCUGGUGCUCGGCCCUGCUCAGCAUCGCCAUCGGCUCCUGCAAGGUCCCGCUGAGCUGGAAUGCUCCUCUCAAGCCCCGCAGCAGCGGCUACCCCCUGAUCAUCUUCUCCCACGGCCUGGGAGCCUUUCGGACCUUGUACUCGUCAAUCUGCACGGAGCUGGCGUCCCGGGGUUUUGUGGUGGCAGCGCUGGAGCACAGGGACCGUUCUGCUGCCACCACCUAUUGGUGCACGGCUGGCACGGAGGAGUGGAUCCCCUUCCAACGCGUGCCCCAAGGGCAGAAGGAGUUUUAUUUCCGAAACAAGCAGGUUCACCGGAGAGCGCAGGAAUGCGUGCGGGCGCUGCGGCUCUUCCAGGGCAUCGCCGGCGGCAGAUCUGUCCCGAACAUCCUUCACCAGGACUGGGAUCUCUCCGUGCUGAAGGACAACCUUGAUCUGAGCAAAGUGGCCGUCAUGGGCCACUCCUUUGGGGGGGUGACAGCGGUGCUGGCCUUGGUGAAGGAGCCCAGCUUGAGGUGUGCCGUGGCUCUGGAUGCCUGGAUGUUCCCUCUGGAGAACCUGCUGUACCCAGAGGUGCCCAAACCUGUGCUCUUCAUCAACACCGAGAAGUUCCAGACCCCGGAGAGCUUUGCUAAAAUGAAGAGGCUGAGCUCCAGGAACAGCCAGACGAGGAUUGUGACCGUGCUGGGAACCACGCACGAGGACCAGACCGACUUUGCCUUCCUCCCUGGGAAGCUGCUCAGCUGCAUCUUCGGCAGGAGGGGGAGCCUGGACCCCCACAAGGCUCUGGCCAUCACCAGCCGGGCAGCUCUGGCCUUCCUGCAGAGGCACCUGGNNCUGCAGGAGGAGUUUGGACAGUGGGAUGAGCUCCUGGAAGGUGUUGGGGACUCGGUGGUUCCGGAGGUGCCGUUCAGCCGCUCACACCUGUAGCUGCCCCGAGGCCACUGCUGGCAGCUGGGGACUGGGAAAGUGACUUCUCCUUGCCCAGAGCCUGGAAGGGCAGGAGGACACCUGAGGAGAGCAGGGGACAGCGCUGGUGGUGAGAGAGGGGCUCGGGGAAUGUGCCAGGAGAGCCCUCCCUGCUCGUGUGCCUGCACUGGGGGCUGUGGGAAUAAAAUCCCCAGGGAUAAAGACUGA